UAACAAAAAUUUACUAAAGCUGGGUUUUCAAUGCACUUAUGAAACAACUACAACAGAAAUUGAGUUAAAUCUAUCAGUAGCAGUUAAAAUAUGCUAUCAAACAAUUUUUAAAACAAAAACAGAAUAUUCUGAAAACCUUUCUGUUGUAGUAAUAAAUAUAGGUGAUUUAGAUGAAA